GCGGCGAUCGCGCGACGACAGGCGGCGAAGCGCGACGUGCGCGUGCGCGCGGAUUGGUCGCUCGGGUCCACGGAGAACAUGAUUGUGUGCGCGAACACGGCCGCGAUCAUGGGCGCGAUGCGCUUCGGCCUUAUGCCGAGCGUGAAGAAGAACUACAACGGCGCGUCGAGCCACACGGCGAUGGUGGAACAAGCGAGCACGAAGAACAUCGGCUCGCGCGAUCCGGCGGGGUUCACCGCCGUCGACGUUCUCGCCGCGGGUUCGUUCGCGACGAUUAUCUCGGCCGGGGAAAUCCUCGCGGGUCAAGUGCCGUACUAA